AUCUGAUUCUUUUUCUUUGGUUAUAAUUUGCAGACAUUUUUUGUCAUCGUUUGAUUUGUAAGAGUUAUGGCUCGUACGAAGCAAACCGCACGCAAGUCUACUGGAGGCAAAGCCCCAAGGAAGCAGCUCGCUACAAAGGCUGCAAGGAAAUCUGCUCCAACAACUGGUGGAGUCAAGAAGCCUCACCGGUACCGCCCGGGAACUGUCGCCCUCAGGGAAAUUCGCAAGUACCAGAAGAGUACUGAGCUUUUGAUACGUAAGCUCCCAUUCCAACGUCUGGUUCGUGAAAUUGCCCAGGACUUCAAGACUGAUUUGAGGUUCCAGAGCCACGCAGUGCUUGCACUUCAGGAGGCUGCUGAGGCGUAUCUUGUGGGAUUGUUUGAAGACACCAAUCUCUGUGCCAUCCAUGCUAAGAGAGUGACAAUAAUGCCGAAAGACAUUCAACUCGCAAGGCGAAUCCGUGGGGAACGGGCGUAGUCAUUACAAUGCAAGAAUUUGAAUUAUUAAGAUCCUAGGU